UUCAUGAGCCUGUCGCUCCAGCCAUGAGGGCAUGUGACAUCACAUCUCCUACAAAGCACCUUCAUGAGCCUGUCGGUCCAGCCAUGACGGCAUGUGACAUCAUGUCUCCUACAGAGGACAUAACCGUUGGAUCCCAGCAGGAAUCCACAAGACCAGGCAGCGGUGAUGAUGAAAGAGGAAGAAAGAGGAAGAGAAAAGAGAAGAACGUUGGAGUGAGAAGGAGAGAGACAGCCAGAGUUUGCAAAGCACAUCAACUUGUCAAAGAGGAGAUGAAUUCGCUUGAAAAAUGUUCUGUUUGCUCUGGACCGUUUUCCCCACUGAAGUGGUGGGGGCUGAAAUGUAAAGGGCUUUUGGAAAGCAGGCCAUGUCCAAACACAUCAGAAGGACUAAAAGCUGACAGACAAAUCUCUGAAAACGAUGUCUCUAGCAGAGGAAGGCGGAUGCCCAAAAGGAGACCAUGGACGAAACCUGAGGUGAACGCUGUGAUGAGACACUUCAAAAUGCACAUCAGCAAAGCUCACUUGGCAACAAUGAGGGAGUGUGAGGUCUGCAAAAGGUGCGAGCAUCCGGUCCUUCAAAACCGGUCCGUCCAAAUAUACGUGAUUUUGUACGGAACCGAGGGCGAAAUUUUAAACACGUGGAAAAUUAAGUCGAAAUUUUAAUGUUCGUAGUCCAAGGGGCUAAUAAUCUGUUUGACACAUUUUAGUUCUACUCUUUUAACUUGUAAUUUUUUUGAUAAAAAUGUAUGUAUUUAUUAGUUUCAUAAUAGAAAUUUUAAGAAAACAUGUUUUAUUCUCCUGCUGGUAGUGUUGAUCAUUUUAGUUUAUAUGUUUAAUCUGAGGGACUAUAGACCUCUGUUGAUGUUUUUUUAACUUUAACAUUUGUGGUGUUUCAUGAAGUUGGGUUAUGUUUUUCAUUCCUGUCCCUGAAAGGCAAUGUUUUGUACCUGUCAAUGUACAAUAUUUGACAAUAUGUUGUUGAAGAUUCAACACUUGCAACAUUAUAAUAAAUUACUACUAAUUUGA